AUGGGCGGUCAGCUCUCCAAGAUGAUGGGCAAGAUCUUCGGAUCGAAGGAAAUGCGCCUGCUCAUGCUCGGCCUCGACGCCGCCGGCAAGACCACCAUUCUCUACAAGCUCAAGCUCGGCCAGGACGUCACCACCAUCCCCACCGUGGGCUUCAACGUCGAGACCGUCACCUACAAGAACGUCAAGUUCAACGUCUGGGAUGUCGGUGGCCAGGACAAGAUCCGUCCUCUCUGGAGGCAUUACUUUAGCGGCACCCAAGGUUUGAUCUUCGUCAUUGACUCCUGCGACCGAAACCGCAUAGAAGAAGCCCGACAAGAACUCCACCGCAUCAUCAACGACCGCGAAAUGAAGGACAGUCUCUUGCUCGUCUUCGCCAACAAGCAGGAUCUCAAGGAGGCCAUGAACCCUCAAGAAGUCACCGAGGCCCUCCAGCUCUCCAAGCUCAAGGACAAGGUCUGGUACGUCGUGCCCAGUUGCGCCACCACCGGUGAGGGUCUCCUCGAGGGUCUGGCGUGGUUGUCAAACAACGUCAAGGCUCCUCCCGCUCCCGCCAAGAAGUAACGGCCCGCUGCGCUUCUUCAUUUCCUCCCGAUCCCGACCCUUUUCGAUAUUCAUCACGCGACGACACAACUCCUUCCAGCGCAUAGCGAGGCUUCUUCUCCAGAUAUCCCCAACCUAGUUAGACCCUGGAUACCCUUCCGACCCAUACUCUUUCUCGACAUUCGCUCCCCGACACCUACCAAUCCGCCUCUUCCCCGAAAUGCCAGUCUCAGCACGCGCCGAAACGACCAUGGCGCAAGCCUUUUCUGCAAUCUGGCCAUGAUGCCUUCAUACGUUUCACGGGUACUCCCCGUGAAAAUGGAUCGGGACUCAAAUCACAGGGCCAGUAUUCUGUGCUGCCAGCUUCAGGAUACUACCUCUCCUACCCUUCCUUUACGCCGGAAAGAG